CAAAUGAUUCCUCAAAGUUAUCAUCAUAGCAACUUCUUGUUCUCUUCUGACUGCAACCUCUAUUUUUUGUGGAGCAUACCGGUCCAGCUAGAGGAAUAACUUCUAUCGCCUUCAAUUCCAGUUCAUACACUUCCUUGUGUCUCCAGUCUUUUCUGACUCUAAAAGGACAGAUGGUGCAUGCCGCGUCUUCGAGCCAUGUACUGUUUCAUAGCAAUCCAGUGCCUACAUCACAUAGUUCCGUCAACAGUAGCAUUUUUCUUUCAUCUUCCCCUUCCAGUCAUAUUUUAGGCUACGGUGGGUGCCCGGGUAUCCCUAACCUCGCAACGCAUCUUUCCCCUUUUGCCUACUGCCGAAUGACUCUUCCGAUAAGUGGCACUAGUGCUGGUGUUGUUUCAGCCUACCGAAUGUCACAAUUCCGAUGUUAUUGGUUCCUCCCGAUACGCUCGCAAAUUGCAUCAUGCCUGAGACCUCCUUCAGUGGUUUCUAUUUGGGAUUCUCUAGAGCCGACUCGAUACAAGAGCUCUUACGCGGAAGCUCGGACCUCACACCUUCCACUCGGAGAACCGCUGGUGAAGUCCGUCAAGUUGCUGGAGCGAAUAUCAAGAUAUAUACGAGAUACGUACGAUCAUAGAGAAGUCGUAAAGGUGGUGGUACAUACGAACUAGAUGUCUGUAUUUUUUUUCUGGAGCUAUUUCUCCAUAUUGAUUGGAACAUAUUCCAUGGUCAUUUAUUUGCGUCAAUUGAUUUCUUUCCCUGUGAUAUCGGUUCAAGUUCUGAAGCCGCUUCGCGGCGUCCAUGCUAUGUCUGAUGGCCGGAGUUGUUUCCAUUGCCUCCGG